UUCAAAGGGCUUCACGUUUCCGUUACUUCUGAAACGCAGCAAAUCCGUUCGAGCCGAGCGACCUCCAAACUUGGAACACAGAAGUCCCGUCCGCAAGGGUCUCGCAGGUUUCCUCGCCGCCCUGUAAAGGGUUAAUCUGGAGAGGGGCUUCAGCAGACACAUGAGCGACAUCUCCUCCUGCUAAUGUGGUCUGCCUGGAGCGCUCGGCUCGCCUCGCCAGUCCUCCCGUCUGAAGAUCCGAGCGGCGCUUCAGAUACAUGCGAGCCCUGCACGUCACCUUGAGGGGCUCCGCUCUCCCGCCGAACACGGAGGCGCCCUGACGAGCGAUGGAAGCAGCGGCCGCCGGGAGGCAGCUGUUUGCCAUGAGGAGGAGGACGGCGGCGAGGUGAUCGCAGACAGAUUCACGUCAAUACCGGUGGAUAACAGGACUGCCUUCGGGGGGAAACGCACCUCGACGCCGGCUGGAGGAAUCCCACCUACCGCCCCCUUCGAGGAGCUGCCUGCUGGACCAGCCCUGCAAAUCUCCAAGAAACGCAGGAGAUGAACGAUUACAGAGGCCACUCCAUGGGACAAGACGUGGAAAACCGGGACAGCAAGUUGCCAAAACAACGCUGGGAUGCCCCCAAACAGAAGGUGCCCACUGACCGCACUCUGGUGGUCGCCAGCGAGCUCAGCAAGAAGAGGCGCCAACGCUAUGUGGAGAAGGACGGCAAGUGCAACGUUCACCACGGCAACGUGCGCGAGACCUACCGCUACCUGAGCGACAUCUUCACCACGCUGGUGGACCUCAAGUGGCGCUUCAACCUGCUGGUCUUCACCAUGGUCUACACCACCACCUGGAUCUUCUUCGGCUUCAUCUGGUGGCUCAUCGCCUACAUCCGGGGGGACUUGGAGCACGCCGAGGACCGCAGCUGGACCCCCUGCGUCAACAACCUCAACGGCUUUGUGUCGGCCUUCCUCUUCUCCAUCGAGACGGAGACCACCAUAGGCUAUGGCUACCGGGUCAUCACAGACAAGUGCCCCGAGGGCAUCAUCCUGCUGCUGGUGCAGGCCAUCCUGGGCUCCAUCGUCAACGCCUUUAUGGUGGGCUGCAUGUUCGUCAAGAUCUCCCAGCCAAAGAAGAGGGCCGAGACCCUCAUGUUCUCCAACAAGGCUGUCAUCUCCCUGAGGGACGGCAAGCUGUGCCUGAUGUUCCGGGUGGGCGACCUCCGCAACUCCCACAUCGUGGAGGCGUCCAUCCGCGCCAAGCUGAUCAAGUCCAAGCAGACCAAGGAAGGCGAGUUCAUCCCCCUCAACCAGACGGACAUCAACGUGGGCUUCGACACGGGCGACGACCGCCUCUUCCUCGUCUCGCCCCUCAUCAUCUCCCAUGAGGUCAAUGAGCACAGCCCCUUCUGGGAGAUCUCCAGGGCCCAGCUGGAGAAGGAGGAGUUUGAGAUUGUGGUCAUCCUGGAGGGGAUGGUGGAAGCCACAGGGAUGACGUGCCAGGCCCGCAGCUCGUACCUGGACUCGGAGGUGAUGUGGGGCCAGCGCUUCAUGCCGGUGCUGACGCUCGAGGAGGGCUUCUACGAGGUGGACUACGACACCUUCCACAACACGUACGAGACGCCGACGCCCACCUGCUCGGCCAAGGAGCUCGCCGAACUGGCCAAGAAGGGAGAGGCCAUCCCACUGGCGCCCCCUGCCGGCCACCCGCAGAGGCUGACGCCGGGCACGGAGAGCGAGCAUCAGCAGGCCCGGGGAGCCGACGAACGAGCCCUGGAGGAGCAGACCAUCAGCAACGGGGACCUGAGCCGGGGAGACGCCGAGUGACCGCAACGGGGACAGCCGGGCCAGAGAUGGAAGUACGACAAGGAUCUGAGCUCCGUUAGGGCCACACUUGGGGACUGGAAGUGGGGGGGAUCGAGCGAGCGCCAUGGACACCCCGGAGGAGACCCGCCAGGCGACACGUACGGGAAAGGCGCUAUAUGAAGGAAAAACUCCAACAAGCAUUGGUUAUUGUAAUGGGAAUUGACUUUAGAUGAUGGUGGGGGUGAAAGGCACUAUAUACUGUACAUAAUACACACAUACAUACCUGUAUAUAUAUAUUUAGGAAAGAUGAACUCCUAUUUUAAAAGAAGUCUUUUUAAGAAUCACUGACUUGAAAACAACCAUAAAAUAAACUCUUUGGAAAAAUGCUGCCAAUCAAUCAAUCAAUCAACCAAAACAGAGAGCGAGGCUGGCGGGGCAUCUGGAUAUGGCAUCCUGCACAGGGCCAGGCCGACAAGUUGGGCAAAGGGGAUGGAAACUCCAUUGUCAUUGUCACUGAUCAGGGUGACAGACAAACAUCAGGCCUGGACGGGACGUUCACAGUGCGCAGACAGGCAAAGGGCCCAAUGAAGGCCUCUCAGAGCAGUGAGCAGGUGGCAGGUGGCAGUGCCACCCAAUGUGGCUUCACAGAAAAACACGAGGAGACCUCCAGGAACUCCCCAUUUUAUAAAAACACUCGGGACUUUGAAUAAAACACACGGUGCCAAGGGGCUUCAUCGGAGCCGUGCCACCCACACGGGAGGAGUCCACAUGAUAGCUCCAGAAAGUGCCUUGAGAUUUUGGUAGAAGGCGCCAUAAGUAAGUAUGCAUGGAACAGCCCCCCGGUUUUAGAAAGACCCCCACACACCCCAGGCACAGUGCUGGCUCGCUCGUGUCCUGCCUACUACACUUUGUCACCAUUUGUCAAGCGACGGGGGUGCCAGGCAGCCUGGU